UGGGCUGGCCGUGAGAGCGGUCAGUGCAUAUGUGAGCGAAAGCGCUCAUGAUCCGUACAGGAGCCAAAUAAGAAGUAUAUGCACUGGGACUACAUAGGUUUUCUGGAGUUUGGUCUGUAAGAGAAUAAAAUGGAUAAAGACAACCUUAGCGUCGUCCUGCACUCUAAAGGAGACCUCAGAUUGGAACAGCUUCCCAUUCCGGAACCAGGACCAAAUGAGGUGUUACUUCAGAUGCAUUCUGUGGGCAUCUGUGGAUCAGACGUACACUACUGGAAGAACGGCCGCAUUGGGGACUAUGUAUUGAAACAGCCCAUGGUAUUGGGACAUGAAGCCUCUGGUCGUGUGGUGAAAGUGGGCUCUGCUGUGACGCACCUCAAAGCAGGGGACAGAGUUGCCAUUGAGCCUGGAGUUCCUCGUGAAGUAGAUGAGUACUUCAAAUCUGGACGCUACAAUCUGUCUCCCAGCAUAUUCUUCUGUGCCACUCCUCCAGAUGAUGGAAACCUGUGCAGAUACUACAAACACAGUGCAGACUUCUGCUACAAGCUUCCUGAUAAUGUGACUUACGAGGAGGGAGCCCUGAUCGAACCCCUGUCAGUGGGCAUUCAUGCCUGCAAGAGGGCAGGAGUCACUCUUGGAAGCUCAGUGUUUGUCUGCGGUGCAGGAACAAUUGGGCUGGUGUCUUUGUUGGCGGCCAAAGCCAUGGGUGCUUCACAAGUAGUAAUAAGUGACUUGUCUUCUGAUCGGCUUGCCAAGGCUAAAGAGAUUGGGGCAGACUUUCUGCUUCAUGUGAAGAAAGAGGACGAACCGAAGGACAUAGCCAAAAAAGUGGAGGGAAUGCUGGGUUGCAUGCCUCAAAUCAGCAUAGAAUGCAGUGGUGCACAGAGCAGCAUUCAGACAGCCAUCUAUGCUACUCGUUCUGGAGGAGUGGUGAUACUGGUUGGGCUUGGUACCGAGAUGACCACCGUGCCUCUUGUCAACGCAGCUACCAGAGAAGUUGACAUCAAAGGUGUAUGCCGCUACCGUAAUACCUGGCCAGUGGCCAUUUCUAUGUUGGCGUCUAAGAAAUUGAACGUCAAGCCACUUGUUACCCACCGCUUCCCAUUGGAGCAGGCUAUGCAGGCCUUUGAAACCACCCACCAGGGGCUUGGGGUUAAAGUCAUGUUAAAAUGUGACAAAAAUGACCAAAAUCCAUGAGAUCAACUUUUAGACCCACACCUGAUUAUUGCAUAGCUACAGUCGCUUGAAUAAAUUUCUUAAUCCAGCUAAUUUUACAUCGUCUUUUCUCAGGUACAACAGUCACAGGAAUUCAAUGAUUUUUUUUCACAGUGGAUGUAAUUAUUUAUCAUUUCAAUUGCAUUAAUGUAGCAUUUUACAUUAGUGAAGUAUUUACAAAUAAACCUUUUGUUAUUAUAUGAUCAUGAAGAGUAUUAAAAUGCAAUUUUAUGCAACAUUGUCAGAGUGCAGCCAUAUUAAUAACUGGCCGUGUUUACUUUUUACAAUUUACUUACAAACACGAGCCGAAGAUUCAUGGUACAAGGAUACUUGAGUUUGUCUAUGUAGUACUCUCUAACCAGUGAAUAAAUCUAAAAUAUGAAAUCCUUUCA